CGGAGAUGGCGUCCAUAGCCCGCUCUAUCCAGCGGAGCAUGAGCACGAGGGAGAAGCCGGAGGCCGACGACGGCGGCAGCACGUCGCCCGGGGGAGGGAGCCCCUCGCAGAGCCGGGGCCUCGCGGCGAAGAGCUCCCGCAGCGACGGCAGGAGGCACUCGCAGGGCCGGAGCCUGGAGAGGAAGGCCUCGCGCAGGGACAGCAGGACGCUGGAGUUGCAGGGGCUCAGCCUCGAGGCGCUCAAGGCCAUGGCGGCGCAGGCGGACAAGGACAUCAAGGACUACGCCAGAAGCCGGUGCAAGAAGAAGGCGAUAGACGAGAUGAAGAGGAAGCAGCGGGUCGAGAAGGAGAUCGCCCGCCUCGAGAGCGGCGGGGCAAACAGCACAGGCUCGCGUUCGACCUCCCCCACUGGCCUCCGCGACGAGUGCGACGAGAAGACCUGCGAGGAAGAGUACGAGAAGCUCGAGAGGCACUACACGCCCGGCGACGACGCCACCGUGGAGGUCGGCACCAGCGUGGCCGCUCCCUCCGCCGACGCUGGCGAUGCCUGA